UUGAGUUUUUUCCCCUUUCUCUUUUUUUCCCACACUGCCUUGGAUAAAAGAUCCCGCCCUUGAUUGAAAUGGAAUCUUCCACUAUUGAGCGAGCCUUUGUUGAAUGAGUCAUCGGCGCGGUCGCUGAUUGGAGGAGGCCUCCUGAGCCCAGGGGAUUGUCUGGCACCGGCUGUAAGGCCCCGCUCCAUUCACAGAAACGCUGGCUCGCUCGCCGGCCUUUUCAUUCACACAAACAGCAUCUCAUUCACAUUCUGCCGCUUUUUUUUUUUUUUUUUUUUUUUUUUUCUAAUGAAGACCACGGUUUGGGAAUGGUGGGGCUGACUUGUUUCAGAUUGGAGGGGGACUCUGAUCUCCUUCGAAAUCGUCGGUGGGGUGUGCUUCUGCUGUUGCUAUGCGAGCGAGGGGAAGGGAGAAAGGAGAGAGCCGGGUGGCUGCUGGGCUAGGGCUGCGGCGCGGGAGGAGAACGGUGGGGACGCGUUUGCUGCGCCGGGGACGGCGCGGUUGCUCUGCGCUCCUGCAUCCUCGGAGCCCGCCUCGCCCGCGCGCGCCGUGGGUGGCGCUCCCUAAACUCCUCUCCUCUGGCUCCCUGCAAGCCCGGGGACCUCGGUGCCACCCACGAUCAGCCCUGGGCGUGAAAAGACUCAGGGUGACCUGCUAGUGUGCUAGAGGCGAACGCAUUCGCUUGUGCAGAAGUUACCAGGAAACUUUGACAGCGACUCUCUUCACCGUGGCGCAAGGUUAUUAUCUUAACGCAUGCGGCCACCUGGCAGAGGCCACCAAAGGGGUUAGUGGGUCCCAGAAUCUCCGGAAGACCUCCGGAAAGGCCGUCACUGUUGUGUUCCAAGCGCGAGGAAGAAGGCCUACGCGUGUCACUGCAAGCUUGGGCCUGACUCCCAACUACGAGGCUUCUCUUGCUGUGGAUUUGGUGGGCAGUUAGAGCAGCCGCAUUUUACCCCCAUCCUGGCUGAAGGGCUGCAAGCAACAACUGAAGGGGCUUUAAAAUGGAUUGCUAGUGUCUCUUAGGCGUGUUUCCAGAGCUUAACACAUUCAUUUGGAAUAAAGCUUGAAUCGCAGCCCUCUUUUUCAGGAAUGGAUUUCUGGAGCCUGUUGCCGCUCAUCAGAGAAGCACUCCUCCCUUUUGGAAGUAGAUUUUCAACUUAACCCUGGCUGAGAAAGACGGCUGACUGUUGUAAAUUAGCAGGGAAGACCCCUGGAGCUGCACUGGGCGGAAGUUCAUAUGUAGAUUUGAUUUUUGUGUGUGUUUUGUUGAGGAGUUGCAUCGCCACAGAGCCUCGUCAUGGCUGCUCUGCUGCUCUGAAAAGGAAGAAAACUGCAGGAAACUGGUGUUUUUAUGCUCACCUGCUGGCGAAGAUUCCUUUUAUUUUUCUAUUUGAAAAAUACUUGCUACUUUCCAAAUCAGGAUUCAUCAGGAAUUGCCGAAGACUUCUUCUUAAAAAGCCUUCGUCACAUUUUAAAGCAUCCCUGUCAGACGCAGACGAGCUGAGCCGGAAAGAGCAAACCCUAAGAUGGAAUAAUGGGUUUCAGAAAGUUUAUCUGAUCUUUGGAAGGAACUGGAUCUACCUUUGGCACAGAUGCGGGAUGGGGAGGGGGCAGGCGAAAAAUCAAGACAGGAAAGAAAUCUCCACGAAGGUAGAAAAAGGGAAUUUGAGAAUUGAUUGGCUGUAGUUGUUGUCGGCGGGUGGAAGCCGGUUUCUUGUCUCUUGCUACAGGAAGUGAUUUGCGGAGUUCACCAAGCCUUUGUUGAGAAGGGUCUCCUCUCCCCGUGAGUCACGCUUGGGCUGGAGCAGCCCCAGGCAGCCGGGCGCUUCAGCAGCGGCAAUUAUGACUUCGGCAAAGCCGGCGUUCCACCCCAAGCCGCGGUCUCCCGGGCCGGCGCUGCGUGGCAGCUGCGGUGCUGCCUUUUAACGGUCCUCGGCCUCGGCUGUCCCUCUGCACACAGGCUGUCCCGGGACCCCAGCUCCUCGUGCCGCUCCGGGGCCCGCGGCUCGCGUGCUAUGCGCGGUAGCCCGCGCCGGGGCCGGCAGCAGCAGCGCCCGGGCGGAUGCGGCGAACCCACGGAGGGGCAUGCUUCCAAGGACCAAAUACAACCGCUUCAGGGAUGACGCGGUGACAUCGGCCGAUGACCUUCUCCACAGCUUGUCGGUGAGCGGCGGCAAGGUCUCGGCGGCGGCCGCGGCGACCCCCUACCUGGUGUCGGGCGAGGCGCUGCGCAAGGCGCCAGACGAUGGGCCCGGCAGCCUGGGCCACCUGCUCCACAAGGUGUCCCACCUGAAACUCUCCAGCUCCGGCCUGCGCGGCCUGUCGUCCGCCGCCCGGGAGCGUGCGGGCGCGAGGCUCUCGGGCAGCUGCAGCGCGCCCAGCCUGGCCGCCCCAGAAGGCGGCAGCGCAACCCCUGGGUCCCGCGCCCAGGCCGCCAGCAUGAGCGCCGCCAGGAAGGGUCGGCCGGGCGACGAGCCGCUGCCCAGGACCCCGCGGGGCGCUCCGCACGCCAACGACCAGGUGCUGGGGCCCGGAGUCACCUAUGUGGUCAAGCAUGUGGAUAUCCAGUUUCCCCAGCACCAUUUACUGAGGAAGUACUUGGGGUGCAUCGAAGUUCUGCGCUCGAUGAGGUCUCUUGACUUCAGUACAAGAACACAGAUUACCAGGGAAGCCAUCAGCCGUGUCUGUGAAGCUGUGCCUGGUGCCAAAGGAGCCUUCAAGAAGAGAAAGCCUCCAAGUAAAAUGCUGUCCAGCAUCCUGGGGAAGAGCAACCUUCAGUUUGCAGGGAUGAGCAUCUCCCUGACCAUCUCCACUGCCAGCCUGAACUUGCGCACACCUGACUCCAAACAGAUCAUAGCGAACCAUCACAUGCAGUCCAUCUCCUUUGCCUCAGGGGGAGACCCGGACACAACAGACUAUGUUGCCUAUGUCGCUAAGGACCCUGUUAAUCGCAGAGCUUGCCACAUUCUGGAAUGCUGUGACGGGUUGGCCCAAGAUGUCAUCGGCUCCAUUGGACAAGCUUUCGAACUCCGGUUUAAACAAUAUUUACAGUGUCCUUCCAAGAUCCCUGCCCUCCAGGACCGAAUGCAGAGUUUGGAUGAGCCAUGGACAGAAGAGGAGGGAGAUGGCCCUGACCACCCAUACUACAACAGUGUUCCUAGCAAGAUGCCUCCUCCAGGGGGGUUUCUUGAUGCUCGACUGAAAACCAGACCCCAUGCUCCUGAUGCAGCCCAGUUUUCAGGAAAGGAGCAAACUUAUUACCAGGGAAAACAUUUAGGAGAUACAUUUGGCGAAGACUGGCAGCGAGCACCCGUCAGGCAAGCCUCCUUGGACAUCUACAGCACACCAGAAGGGAAAGUACACCUGGCUCCUGCAGGAGAAUUACCAACCUAUGUCAACACCCAGCCAGCCCCUCCACAUGUCUGGCCAGCCACAAUCAGCAGCACAGAGAGCAGCCCACGGAAGGACCUCUUUGACAUGAAGCCUUUUGAAGAUGCUCUCAAGAACCAGCCCUUGGGACCUAUAUUGAACAAAGCAGCAUCUGUGGAGUGCAUCAGUCCUGUCUCGCCCAGAGCUCCAGAUGCCAGGAUGCUGGAGGAGCUCAACACCGAGCCCUGGUACCAAGGAGAGAUGAGCAGGAAGGAGGCUGAGGCACUAUUGGAAGAAGACGGAGACUUCCUGGUCAGAAAGAGCACCACCAACCCUGGUUCCUUCGUUCUCACCGGCAUGCAUAAUGGUCAGGCCAAGCAUCUGCUGCUGGUGGACCCUGAGGGCACGAUCCGGACGAAAGACAGGGUCUUUGACAGCAUCAGCCACCUCAUCAACUACCACCUUGAGAGCAGCCUGCCCAUCAUCUCUGCUGGGAGUGAGCUCUGCCUCCAGCAGCCAGUGAAGAGGAAACACUGAGCUGCUCUGGACUCUCCUGAUGCCUUGUGCCAGGUCAGGAGGACCUGGGCUCCCCUGGUCUCAGCCCAUGGGACCUGGGCAGCUGUCUGUGGGCUCAGCACCUUCCUCAAAAGAUCCCAAAAGGAAGAUUUCCUCCAAGUUUCAUAAACUUGUACUACAAGUCUCAGACACAUAUUUGAGAUGUAUAUACCUAUACAUCCUGUACAAAUGGCCCUUAUAUUUAUAUUUUUUAAGACUAAGAAAGAUGUAAGACUAAUGCUCUAUGCUGUAUGUUUUUAGUGAGAGACAAGUUUGUAGUUGUUCAGGCAAAAAAUUUAACUCAACUGACCUAUUCUACUGGGAAAUUUUGCUAGCAAGGUGUAACCUGCAGUUUUAUACAAUAAGCACAAUACAAGGGGAAUGGCGGUGAGCCUGAAGCUCUGCAGAAAACAUGAAAUUGUGGUAGUCCUAAACAAUAUCUUACAGUGUAUUUAAUACUCUGUGCAAGUGCGGGCUCUGGGCUGGGACUCUGCUGGCGGAUGGGGUUGACGUCUCCAGCUCUGACUUGCCAGGCACUGCCUCCCAUGCCCCUGUAUCAUAUGCUGUGUGAAUGGGUUUUCCACUACUUGGUGACCUGCUGAGCUCCACUGCAGAACAGGAGCACUCCAGCCCCUCCGGGUCAGGAUGAACAUAGUCACCUGCCACGCUUGACCCCAAUAAUGUGUGUGAAUUCAUUUGAGGCCAACUACGGCACAAAAUAAGGCUCAUCAGUCAAUAUUUUUGCUUGACAAAUGCCUCCUUUAUCUUCAUCAAUAUAAUGAUGAAACAGAAUGUGUCUGUGGAAGGCGGGAUGGGCUUGUUCCUGGUCUGUAUGUCCUUCAAGCCAGUGUAUUGGUUAUAGGAAGCUUCUGAUAACAUGUUCCCCCACAUGCCUCUUGUAUUCAGUAGAACAAAACACAUGCAUAAAAGCCUUGCAAAAGUGCGUGCCAAUCUCUGCACAGAAUUGAGCCUCAGAGACACACCUACCAGCCUCUUGGGUCUGUGUGUGUUUGGCACCAGCUGGAGUGAAGGAUGGUGAACCACCUUGCUGGCCCCCUCUACAUUUUCCCAGUAGCUCCACAGAAAGGGCAAAGUGUCCCAUGACCCUCUGCCUUGACCCUUUUCCUUCAGAUUGGAAGCUGUCAUUUCAUGAUGAUUUUGUGUUUUGAGGUUGGCAAUGUUAUGACUUUUAAAACUUUGGGCUUUGGUCACCCUAUAGCUUAGCAGAUGUUGUCCUUUAAGACACAGAAAGAUGAUGCAUUUGUUGGUUGAUAUCUCCUCAUAGGCUGCAACCUGGGCUCUGGUCCUAAUGAGACCCCCAUGCAUAUGGCACACCUGGCCAGUGGAACAGAAGAACUCUGUAUAUGUUUACAGUUGGAUAAUGAUAAAUUAUAUGCUUUUAAUGGGAAUUAAGGGGAGACUUAAACAUCAGAUGAGUAAGGCUCCAGUGCUGAGGUGUCAGCCCUAUUUUGGUCUGGGGGUAUGGCUGGGUGGGAGGAGAGCGUGGAGCUAGUGGAUAGGUGUGGGAUGAUCCCAUGUUUCAUAUAUGGAGACUUCUUUACAGUUUUUGCGCUUGGAAGGCCCACUGAAUCCAAGCUGGCAGUGGUCAGUCUUCUAGAAUGUUUUAGAAUUAGAAUCCUGCUCACCCCGCUACUUCCUGAUUGACGUUGGUUAUAGACACAGCGUGGAUACAUCCUGGGGCUGAGUAGACUUGCUGGUAGCCCCUGGCUCAGACUCUGUCCUAUGACCAGGUAGGUUUAUGGGUGACCCCAAGAGGCACCCUGCACUCUUGUCCCCCAGGAGGCUAUGCCCUGUGCACACACAUAUGGGACUGCUGCUCCUGUGUGUGAAUGGAUACUACACACAAAAACCCAUGGAAUCACCUUAUUUCACCAUUCUUGAAUUCCCCACUUGUGCAAGGCUGGAAAGCUGAUGUUCAGGAGGCUAGAAAAGCAGAAAACAAAAGUUGUGUUCCAUGAACACAGCAGCAUUUGCUCUGCUUUGAUUUCUUCUCCAGGAGAGUUAGAAAGCAGUGUAGCAGCUGUCUUCCCUGAAUCCAGGAUAUAUGUGGUAUUAAAGUAUUAGGGUCAGUUUUUUUCUUUUCACUAUUAAUUUAAAAUAUGUAAUUUGGGGGCUGGAGAAAUGGAUGACUCAGCAGUUCAGAGCACUGACUGC